UAUCACGUGAGAAACGACCAAAAAAGCAGCCACCACCUCACUUUGAUAAUGUCAUAACUCAUAGCAAUGAAAGAAAGUUAAGUUCAUAUUGAGAGCAAACAAGGAAAGAAAAAUGUUCAUAACCCUUCAAUUAGUCUCAACUAAUAGAAUCAUUUUAGCUUUGAAACUCUCAUAUCUUGUAUUUCUCUUUUCUUCAAUUCCAAAAGCCAAAGGCUACACUACUAGAGCUCAUAUCUUCAUCUAUGCUGGCUGCUCUCAAGAAAAAUACCAACCAAACACACCCUUUGAAGCCAACCUUAAUUCCUUUCUGUCUUCAGUUUCUGGCUCUUCUUCUGACACUUCUUACAAUAGCUUUGCCAUUGGAAAUGGAAGCUCAUCACCACCAGAAGGGUCCAUAUAUGGUUUAUACCAAUGCAGGGCUGAUUUGAGGCCAAAUGAGUGCUCAAAAUGUGUUAAAAGUUGUGUUGACCAAAUAGGCUUGAUUUGUCCCUUGGCUUUUGGAGCAUCUUUGCAACUUGAAGGCUGUUACAUAAGAUAUGAGCAUGUUGAUUUCCUUGGCAAGCCUGACACAAGUCUUUGGUACAAGAGGUGCAGUAAAGCAGUGGCAAAUGAUGCCGAGUUCUUCCGGCGAAGAGAUGAUGUUCUUGCUGAUUUGCAAGUAGCUAAUGGAUUUGGAGUCAGCACUUCAGGUUUUGUUGAAGGGUUUGCACUGUGUUUGGGGGACUUGUCUAUGGCUGAUUGCUCCUCUUGCCUUCAAGAAGCCGUGGGAAAGCUUAGGAGUAUAUGUGGAUCAGCAGCUUCAGCUGAUGUGUUCUUGGCACAGUGUUAUGCUCGGUAUUGGGAAGCUGGCUACUAUGAUGAAGCAGAAUCUUCCAAAGACGAUGAUCAAGUGGGGAAAUCAGUUGCCAUUAUUGUGGGAAUACUAGCAGGUCUAGCCAUUCUUGUUGUUAUUCUCUCAAUCUGCAAAAGAGCAAUGGGUUAAAAAAAUGUGGACGUGGGGGUUACACACAAAGCAAGAAGGGGGGGGGGUGGGGGUGUAAUCAUUUCAAAAUGUCUGCAAAUGUUUGUUUAAAUUUUAUGAAAGUGCUGCUUCCACUUUUGUGCUAUCAUUAUCAUUAUUAAUUUACUAUGUUUUUCAGAAGGUGGAUGUUAUCUUCUGGCUUAUAAAGUGGAAAUCUCAUAUCCAUCAACUUCAAAAAGGCUGCCAAAUCACUUGCUGUCGUGAUCUCAAAACAAAAAACAGAUAAUUUUUUUUUUUUAUAAAAAUAAACUUCAAAAA